AUGAAUGAUGUCUUGCAGACAUUGCCAAAUGCUAAUUCCAUUAGGAUAGCAGAAGAAGCGAUUUCUUUACUAAGCACUAUAUAUACAUGUAUUAAUAAUGGAAAUAUCCAGUCUAUUACUGAAAAUGAUGUUGAUAACAUCAAAUCAUUGUUAGAGGGUCUAAGAUCACUUAAUAUUAUGAGGUGUCAAGCCCAUCAAGUUCUGGAAACGGAGUCUAUUAAAGUUGCCAUCCUGAGGACAAAACUUCAGCAGUUUAAAGAAGAAAAGGUGAAAGAAAUCUUUGAUAAGAGGAACCUUGUGAGGAUGUUGAACGAGAAUGAACUAAAUAAUCUUGAAGAGUCUCUUCGUAUCAUAAAAAGUAAUUACCAGCAAGGUGAACUUGCUCUGGAACAACUUACUCGCAAACUGGAAUUGUUACGAUUUCGCGAAUUGAGGUCGAAUGAGGAGAACAUUGUGACAAUUGAAGCUUUAAACAGCUGUCUGGAUAAUAAAGCUAAUAAACAAAUAUUUCUAAAUCAAAAGCUUGAAGAAAUUAAAACGACUGAAUUGAAGGAGAAAGAAGUUCAGAAGAUGCUGGAUCAUUUGAAUGCAGAAAUCACUGAGGAACGCAGAAAUGCAGUAAGGAGAAUUAUAAAACUGGAAGAAGAAACCAAAAGAGUUAAGAAGGCACUAGAAAUACAAAAGGCAAAAAACGCAAAAUUAGAAAAACCUCACCAAAAAGUCAGUGAAGAAUUACGCCGUAAUAGAUUUGAAGAAUUCUCCUUAUCUAAAAAUGUCGAUGAAUUGAGUGCCAGUAUUCAAUUAGAGAUCCAGUCAGGUAAAGAAAAACGUAAUGUGAUACAAAGAAGUCUCGAUAAACUGCUAAAAGAGCAUAAAGACAGCUUGGAGAAUAUGCAGAAACAACUGGAGCAAAUUGAAAAAUCACAAGAAACCUCUAGCAUCAACAUAAAAGCUUAUGAAGAGAAGAAAAAAAUUUUAACGGCUGGAUUAUCGUUGUUCUUGGUUUAUCCAAUAUUUAGUGUCGUUAAAAUAGAAAAAGAAUAUAUGGCGAAAGCAGAGGCAACAGCUCAACUUCAAGAAGAAAUCGAUGGGAUGCUUGAGAAAAUAGAGAAUUUGAAUUCAUCAAGCAAAAGUUUAAUCGACAACUUAAAACAACAAGCGGAAACUAUGAAAACUCAUCUGGCAGUUGAGCGAAAGGAAAGAGUUCAAGUACAACGUAAACAGCGUAAACUUCAAAAACAAAUGCUGGGUUUCAGUGAUGAACAGAAUUUGUAUGUACGCAAAUAUCAUCGGCGAAUCAAUGAAGCGAAGAGCAAACUUUCUGUAAUUGACAAAGAAAAAAAUCGAUUAAACGAAGAAUGUAGAACUAAUCAAGAAAAGGCAAAUGGAAUUCAGUUGAAAAUGAAGUCAGAAAAGGAAAUUCAUGACAGUGAGAGAUUACAUGGUGCAGAAAAAAUUGCCUCACUUAGCAAAAUGCUGGAUGACUCAAAUGAAGUGUGUCAACAGUGGAACAAGAAAAUAAACGAUGAACUUCCCAAACUGGAAGCAUUAAACAAUGAAGUGAAGAAAAAUGAAGCUAUUGAAAGUGAAACAAAGUCAGCUCAAGUUGAAAUGAACCAAACCAUUCGAACACUGGAGGCUGAAAUACGUCGGGUGAAUGAGGAGAAUAAAAAGCUUGAAUUCGAUCUAUCUGAUCCCAGUAUCUUAAAGAAUAAAGCGGCUGCUAUUGAGUCUAAAUGGCCUGAACGUGCAAAAUCCUUGCAAUACAGAUUAAAGUUAUCUAUAGAACCUUUGAAAAUCGUCGAAAAUUUCUAUUUGGAACUCUUCAGAAGUGUGUAA